AUCUCAGGACUUGCUUCAGAGAAAAAAAAGUCUCCUGAGAAAUUUUGGCUCAGCUCCAGUUUUCACGCAAAGAAGAAAACCUAUCUCUCUCACUGCUAUUAAUUAGAUUUGACCUCUCUGUAAGAACAUUUGCUGGGGAAUCUGCUCCGGUUCUUUAUAAGGGCAAUUUAAGGCUGGCUUUGCCCUUUUCCACCUGUCCCUGUGUUACAAGGUAUUAUCAAGAAAGAAAGAAAAAGAUUUCAGGGAGAAUAUGGAAGGAAGUUUGCUUCAGAGAAGGAGGAAAGGAAUUGUGGGAGGAGAUGAGCAAGAGAAGAAGAGUAAAGAGGUUGCACGUUUUCAACAACUGCCUAAUGAUGAAACUGAAAUAAUGAUUCCUGUUCUGACUUCCAAAAAAGCAAGUGAAUUACCAGUCAAUGAGGUUGCAAGCAUUCUUCAGGCUGACCUUCAGAAUGGCUUGAAAAACUGUGAGGUUUGUCAUAGACGGGCCUUCCAUGGAUGGAAUGAGUUUGAUAUUGGUGAAGAUGAACCACUAUGGAAAAAAUACAUUUCUCAGUUUAAAAAUCCCCUUAUUAUGCUUCUCUUGGCUUCUGCAGUCUUCAGUGUUUUAAUGCAUCAGUUUGAUGAUGCUGUCAGUAUCACUGUGGCAAUACUUAUUGUUGUUACAGUUGCCUUUGUUCAGGAAUACCGUUCUGAAAAAUCUCUAGAAGAGCUAAGUAAACUUGUACCUCCAGAAUGUCACUGUGUUCGAGAAGGCAGGGUGGAGCAUACACUUGCAAGAGACUUGGUUCCAGGUGAUACUGUCUGCCUGUCAGUGGGAGACAGAGUUCCUGCUGACCUACGUCUGUUUGAGGCUGUGGAUCUGUCUAUUGAUGAAUCUAGUCUGACAGGGGAGACAACUCCUUCCUCAAAAUGCACUUCUCCUCAGUCAGCUGCUACGAAUGGAGACCUCACUUCAAGGAGCAAUAUUGCUUUCAUGGGAACACUUGUUCGAUGUGGAAAGGCAAAGGGGAUAGUUAUUGGAACUGGAGAAAACUCUGAGUUUGGGGAGGUUUUCAAAAUGAUGCAAGCAGAAGAAGCUCCAAAGACACCUUUGCAGAGGAGCAUGGAUCUCUUAGGAAAACAACUUUCCUUGUAUUCCUUUGGUAUAAUUGGCAUAAUUAUGCUGGUUGGCUGGUUGCAAGGAAAGCAUAUCCUUGAUAUGUUUACCAUCGGUGUGAGCUUGGCUGUAGCUGCAAUCCCUGAAGGGCUGCCUAUUGUUGUAACAGUAACAUUGGCUCUUGGUGUGAUGAGAAUGGUCAAGAAACGGGCCAUUGUCAAGAAACUACCGAUUGUUGAAACUCUAGGCUGCUGUAAUGUUGUUUGUUCAGAUAAGACUGGCACACUGACAAAGAAUGAAAUGACUGUUACUCAUAUCUUUACAGCAGAUGGAUUACAUGCUGAGGUUACUGGAGUGGGUUAUAACAGGUUUGGAGAAGUCACGGUUGAAGGUGAUGUUGUUCAUGGAUUUAACAAACCAUCUGUUAGCAGAAUUGUUGAGGCUGGGUGUGUGUGCAAUGAUGCUGUAAUUCGAAACAACACCUUAAUGGGAAGACCAACAGAAGGGGCCUUAAUUGCACUGGCUAUGAAGAUGGGCUUAGAUGGAAUCCAGCAGGACUACAUCAGAAAAGCAGAAUAUCCCUUCAGCUCUGAGCAGAAAUGGAUGGCUGUUAAGUGUGUACAUAGAACGCAACAGGACAAACCAGAGAUUUGCUUCAUGAAAGGUGCUUAUGAGGAAGUGGUUCGAUACUGUACGACAUACAAUAGCAAAGGGCAUAGUUUACCUCUCAGCCAACAACAAAGAGAUCUUUAUCAGCAAGAGAAAGCAUCCAUGGGCUCUGCCGGACUCAGAGUUCUGGCCUUAGCUGCUGGCCCUGAGCUUGGACAGUUGUCAUUUCUGGGUCUGGUUGGAAUUAUUGAUCCUCCAAGAACGGGUGUAAAAGAAGCCGUCACUGCACUUAUCGCUUCUGGAGUCAUGAUAAAAAUGAUUACUGGAGAUUCACAGGAGACUGCAAUUGCCAUCGCUAAUCGCUUAGGAUUGUAUUCCAAAAACUCUCAGUCAGUCUCAGGUGAAGAAAUAGACACAAUGGAUAUACAACAACUUUCACAAAUAGCACCCAAGGUAGCAGUGUUCUACAGAGCCAGUCCCAGGCAUAAGCUGAAAAUUGUCAAGUCACUACAAAAUAAUGGUGCAGUAGUUGCUAUGACAGGAGAUGGGGUGAAUGAUGCUGUAGCACUGAAAGCUGCUGAUAUUGGCGUAGCAAUGGGGCAGACUGGCACAGAUGUCUGUAAAGAAGCAGCUGAUAUGAUCUUGGUGGAUGAUGAUUUUCAGACAAUAAUGUAUGCAAUUGAAGAGGGUAAAGGAAUUUAUAAUAACAUUAAAAAUUUUGUUAGAUUUCAACUCAGCACGAGUAUAGCUGCAUUGACAUUAAUCUCAUUGGCCACAUUAAUGAACUUUCCUAAUCCUCUCAAUGCCAUGCAGAUCUUGUGGAUCAACAUUAUCAUGGAUGGGCCUCCAGCUCAAAGCCUUGGAGUUGAGCCUGUGGAUAAAGACGUUAUUCGGAAGCCUCCAAGAAAUGUCAAGGAUAGCAUUUUGACCAGAAAUCUGAUUGUUAAAAUACUAGUUUCAUCUAUAAUUAUUGUAUGUGGAACAUUAUUUGUCUUCUGGCGAGAGCUGCGAGACAAUGGCAUAACUCCUCGAGAUACAACAAUGACGUUUACGUGCUUUGUAUUUUUUGAUAUGUUCAAUGCUUUGAGUUCCAGAUCUCAGACUAAAUCUGUGUUUGAGAUUGGACUCUGCAGCAACAAAAUGUUCUGUUACGCAGUGCUUGGAUCGAUCAUGGGGCAGCUACUAGUAAUCUACUUCCCUCCUCUUCAGAAAGUUUUUCAAACUGAGAGUCUAAGCAUACUAGACUUGCUGUUUCUUCUGGGACUCACCUCUUCGGUGUGUAUAGUAGCAGAGAUUAUAAAGAAGGUUGAAAGGAGCAGGGAGAAGCCCCAGAAACAUGGCGGUUCUUCGUCUUUGCCGUCUUUUCUUGAUGUAUGAUGCACAUUGCAUUCUUCCCGUUUGCAAAACUAGAAACUGCUGUCAUAUGUAGGAGGAAGUUAUCACGAGAAGAUAAAGGGCUUUUGACAAGUCCCUCCUUUUCCCUGAUGGACGAACACUGGUAAUUUUUAAAGACUGGUGAAUUCUAAAACUUCCAGCCAGGGGAGUAAUAAACAAUUAUGCAACUUUGGUAAUAUUUUUUCCUCAAAGACAAAACUUUACUUUUCAGAUUGUAUGGAACUUUGUAAGUGUGUGAGAGGCUACUUUAAAAAUAAAAAGUCAAAAGUCUUGCCCACCUUUUGCUCUUAAGAGAUAUACAUGUAUAGAAAUGUGUAUUAGAUAUAAAGAUUUUAGUUUUUAUUUAAAGAAACCCUUUACUUUUACAACGGUGGUGGGACUUAACUAUGAAAUAUUCAAGGCAUUCCAUCUGGUCUAGAGUGAGAUACAAGAGUGCCAUAUUUUCAGAUUCUGUAUUUAUUUACAUUAUCCUGCAAUGUGUACCUUGUGCUUUUAUUUUUUAGGUAUCCUAUGUUCUUUGCACAGGAUGUGACCACUGUUGGAUCACUGUCUUUUCUUCCUUUUUGUGAUUGAAAAGCCUAUAAUUGCCAUUUUGAAGUAAAUGUCUGCUUUUCUUAAAAUACG